AUGGCAGAGAAGGAGAUUGAGGACUUUACAGGCGGCUGGGCAAACUCCGAUGGUUUGGUAGAAGGCCGAGAUUUCCAUCCGCAAUUACCGACGCAGUUGCACCCGAUUCUGGCUCUGAUCGUCCUCAGUGUAUAUGACUUGUGUCAACGUGGCAAUAAAUCACGCAUGCGGAUGCGCGCUAAUCAAGCCAUUACGACAGCCAUGGAUUAUUCGCUUCACCAACUCGACGAGAACGCAACAGAAGCACAGCGUCGAGCAUGGUGGUCUGCGGUCAUCGUGAUGUACCAUUCGUCGGCCAACAAUGACUCGUCACCCAUCAUCAGCAUCAGUGAUCCGAGAAUAACCACUCCGUAUCCUAGAUUUGAUAUUCAGAGUAAAGUCUCAGAGCCUUGGUCGCUCUUACUGAAAGCUCAGGAUGCCAUCGUCUCCGUCUGCGCUGUGAUGCGCCCGCUAACCGCGAAGAGCCAAAACGGCUCACCGGCACUGGAUCUCCGGGAGCAGGCUUGUCGCCUCGACAGGCACAUACUAUCGUUAGCGGCGGACUGUGACCACUGUCACCUGGAGUCAGGAGCAGCGGAAAAUGAUCAAGCCGAAAACCUGGCCGCUUUGAGCCUUUGGAGGACCGCUUGUGCCAUGACUCAUACAGCCCGAGUCAAGCUCCAUCGCUACAGAGCCUUCUCCGAUAUUCCCAUAUUUCUGGAGAAGCAUUGUGACCUUACCUUUCUCAAGCUGGACGCUUUUCCAUCGCAGACCGCCUCACUUCCGGCGCAGUCGGAUCUAGAAUCAAUCUUUCCCUUCACCCAGACCGAGUCAUCGAUAGUCUGCUUAAAGUCAUCCCUUGCUAUUUCGCGUGCCCUAGUAGGCCUACCACACUCAGGACUUUUGCCUCUGCGCACAGCAGAGCUGGACGAACCAAGAAUCAACUCCAACGCCGCAGGCUACACCGGAUCCCUACCAUUUUUUAAAUGUGCCGCAAUGCAGGCCUCCUACGUGUUGUAUAUGUUGGUGCACCGGCUCCGGGCGGCGCUGUCAUCAAAACGCCUUUUGGUUUGCUAUCCGCUUCUGAACCACCCGGAACCCGUGACCGAAGUUCAAGACGCUAAGCGAUUGAUAGAGGAGCUCCGCAACGGGGCUCAUUCUAUGAUUGUCUGCAUGAAGCGGGACUUGAUCUUUGAAGGUAUUGGCGGCAUGAUACGUGAUCUUGAUGCAGCCUAUUUCUCUCUGUUUCUGGACUAA